AUGGUUCGGAGCAGACUCCAUGACCGUCGAGCAACUCGUACAGUUGGUGGCCACGAAUCUGGAUGUAAGUAUCGCCGAAACAUCUUCGGAGAGCACUCCAAGGACCUGGACCACAUCAUUGAAUUGGCUCUGCAGGAUGAAUUACGUAAACGGAGUAAGAUCGUCUGUAAACGCAGCACCAUCGGUAGAGCUUCGGAGGAUUUCAGAAAUUUCUUCAUAAGGAAAACGGGUUUUAGUCGUUCGUCGACGCCUCAUCACGAAAAGGAAAUCGUUGCACUGAGGCUCAUUUAUUCGGAACUGGCUCACAGCAGCAGCACCGACUCUCAUCAUUCUCUAAGUGAGCAAAAAGUGUAUAGAUCACAACCACAACAUGCGAAAUCUGCCGAGAUAUCACAUAUCCAUGAUACUGCAGGUCAAUGGGGAACACUCCAGAAUAUGGUCAACAAUCAGUCCUUGUGA